AUGCACCGGGACAGGCCACAUGGAACAAUCACCGCGGAAAACGCUCGUCCACCCCCAGAGGACCCGCAGCGUGAGGGGCCCCAUCCGGGUGCCGAUGGCGGUAUCCUGCCCGCGGACUUGCAAGCGUGGGUGCGGGCGCAGCACCCUGAGACUGGUGAGCAGGCUGUGGCUGUGCUGGAGGAUCUGGAGAGGGAGCUAGAUGAACCUCCGGAGCAGGUCCAAGCCCAGUCAGAAGGACAGGACACACUCCUGGACAAGUUGGCCCCCUCCGGGAGACCACCUGAGUCACUGGCUGCCCAGCUCCUCCCCAAGAAGACCCAGCAGGAGCCCCAGGCGAAUGGUGAUAAAACCAGGACUGAGAAUUAAGAGUUAUCCUGGAAAGAAGAUUCUGUGCCCAAGGACACGGAAUUUCUCGGGAAGGUAAACAGCAAAGUGAACAAAGACUUCCCUCAGCAUCCCAAAUCCAAAGAUGCUUCCGAGAGUGCGGGCAGGCCAGAGAGGCGACGGGAAAGAAGACACUACAAGUGUGAUGACUGUGGGAAAAGCUUCAGUCACAGCUUAGCCCUUAGUAAGCACAGGAGAACUCACACUGGAGAGAAACCCUAUAAAUGUGAUGAAUGUGGGAAAGCCUUCAACCAACGCUCACAUCUCAUCGGACAUCACCGAGUGCACACUGGAGUGAAGCCCUAUAAAUGUGACGAGUGCGGGAAAGAUUUUAGUGGGCGCUCAGGUCUUGUUCAGCAUCUGAGAAUCCACACAGGUGAAAAACCCUACAAGUGCGAGGAGUGCGGGAGGCCCUUUCAGGUAAGUUCAGCCCUUAUUAGACAUCAAAGAAUUCAUGCAGCAAAAAGAAACACCAGUUCCUUAGCAGCUCAGGUCUGAUUAGAGACUUUAUGAGUAUCCUGAAUGAAGUCAAAGCUUCGAGCAUCAUUAAAAAUUUCCCUGGCAUCACAGAAUCAGGCAAGGGCAUUUUAGUUCUUUUCUGUGAGGUGCCAGGUAUGUAAUUAGGUUGAAGUAGAUGAGAACUGCUUUUGGAAUUACUAACUAAAACGAUACAAUUUGUUUACCAUCAUUGUUGAUAUAAUGGCCUAAAUACCUAAAUAUUUAUUCCUUUUUUAUCUUUAGUAGGGGAUAUAAUCAUUUUGUGCAGUUUUUUUCUUUGCCAAUGAUAAAAAAAGGAAACCAUGAGAAAAGUCAGCAGGCUAAAGAAGACAAAUGGGAAGGGAAGCAGUAAGUGAGGAGUAGCAGCUGCCAGCACAGGCAGUAGGGGGUGUAAUGAGUGUGUUCAGGAUCUGUAACUCCAGACACGUCGCUUCUCUUCUGAAUACAAACCAGUGAUUUUCAACUGCUGUGUCACAGGAAUUUUUAAAACACGCAGUACUUGUUUAGUCAGGGGCACUGACCUCAUUUCCCUUAGAUUGUCAAAGAAAAAAAUGACAACAGCCAACACAACAAUAGCUGCCUGGUAUGAAUGAAUCAAAAUUAUACCCAUUUUUGUCAGGUCAGCAAAAACUAUAUUUUUGAUGUGCUGCGGAGUUUCAGUACUUAAUUCAUGCGCUCCUCCAGAUGAAAAAGGUUGGAAGUUGCUGCUGUGACCUGAGGCACAUGGUUGAGGUUGGUCUGGAGCUGCAUUCUCCGGUGUGGUAGCUGGUCCCAGAGGUGGUCGUAUAAAUUCACACUGAACACAAGGAGAAUGGAAAGUUCAUUUCCUUAGUGACAUCACAUUUCAGUGCUCAGUAGCCAUGUGCAGCAAGCAGCACCUGUGUUGGACAGCACAGACCGAGACCAUUUUCAUCACUGAGUUGUAAAGGGCACCGCUGUCCUGGUCAACCACAGAUGAAAUGCCUUCCAGCUCUGCCGCUGUGACUUCUGAGUUCAGGGAGGCAGCCGGAGACACCUGAGGAGGCUGCAGUAGCAGCAGAAAGUAAAAUAUACACCAGAAGAAAACAGUUGAGUAAUAAUGACACUUUUUGGCUAUAAAAAGGAGGUUUAUUCUACUUGGAGGAAGGUGAUUACUAAAGUAAGUGUAACAGCCUAAUAAUUUAAAUUAAAAGCUUAAGAUACUAUCUCAUCUCUAUGAAGAGCAUAAUUACAAGGUAGCAUCCUGUCAGGUAACCUACACCAGCAGGAGAGUGGGAGGCCUGGGACACCAGUACUGUGAGAUGUGUUAGCACUUCGUGGACUUGAACUGAGUAACGUGAUGGGAAUUGUGGCCACGGCCCAGCACCUUCAAACUUGCAGCAUUGUCCAACUCUUAGGACCCACGGGUUCCAGGACCAGAAUGACCAGGGAGUGACCUAAUUUCUCAUUAAGAGACAAUUACACGCUUGCUUUUUGCAUUGUGUACUGUGUGUCUGCUACUGUUGAUGUUGAUUCUGAAGUGCCACCCUAGUGUCCAUUACCCGGUGUGACCAGAGAGGCGAUGAUAGGAGUUGGGACAGAACACUCUGGGGCCAGGGACCUCUGGAAGGAUGUAGGCAGGAGAGGAGAGUCCAGUGGGAUCUGGGAUAACAGCAGACAUGAGACAAGGGAGAGAAGAGGCUAAAGGAUGGCGGGGCAGGAGCUGGACCUAUCUUCACAGGCCCGUAGAAUCCACAGGAAACUGGUGGGGAGGGUGCGAGCAGUUGGAGAGAAGAGCUCGUGUGUCGGGCACUGAUCAGAACCACUGGGUUCCAGCAGAGCCAUCCUGGGUGGGCUGCGCAUGCUCUGAAACAGCCCCGAAUGUGGAAGGCAGUUACUCAAAUAGUUGUCAAAAACAUACGUGUUUUUCUCCCAUCUUUUUGGAGGGAUUUUUUAAGGGAGACAAGAACUCCCUAAAGAUGGGAGUUUUCCUGAACUAGCUGGACAGGUGUGA